AUGUGGACAGGGGAAGGGUUUGCUGUACCGCUAGAUGCAGAUGUCUCGAGCAGAAAUGGGCUGCUAGAUGUUAGAAGCCCAGAUACCUCGACAUCAGCUCGGCCAAAUCCAAUUAAGACAGGAUAUGUCGCUUUCGGAGACUCUUUCGUAGCGGGAAUCGGGACAGGAACGACAGAGAGGUCCGGCUGCCGUCGAGGGGAAUUCUCCUAUCCAAAUCAUAUCUAUUGGCGGCAACGACCUGAAGUUUUCCGACUACUCAAUGCCUUCGUUCUGUGGUGGGGUGGGCCGAAAUUUUCUGGGAAUUGUGACAAGACAGUUCAGAAUGUCAUUGGGAUCCUUAACGGUAACCAACUCUACCCAGCUUUAUUUCAAGCUUUGCAGCAGACAGUUAUCAAGUCUGGGCGCACCGAUUUCAAGCUCUAUAUGACAGGCUACCCUGCCUUUUUCAACGUGGACACAACCUACUGUAACGACGUGGCGUUUCAUUACUGGUUCCCGCACCACAGAAUAACACCGAUAGAGGGAACUCUUCCUUUCCUGGAUACCGCGCUUCGCCUCAAGCUCAACAACCUAGUCCAGAGUCUGAACUCAUUUCUUUCUGGGCUAGUUAACGAUUUCAAUAACCAAUAUCUCAGCAAUCCACCUGUCGAGAUUGGAGUCGAUGAUGCUGUCACCUCAGCCAACAGCACUCUCCCGGACCCUGACACCUGCGACCCUGAAGCUGCAGACAUAUACGACAUGAUGACUUGUAUGACAACCAAGGCUGUCAGCGUAGACGGGUCAUCCGAGCAAGGUGUAUUUCCGAACGACACAGCGAUUAUUGCCGACGGAGAGUUUGAUGCCGUAGAGGCGCCGUGGUAG